AUGGAAGACAAAGCUAAAGGGUACGAUAAGUACCAGUCAAUGCUCGACCAAGCACAGUUUUACCAGAACGAUCGUUCCCAUGAACAGGAUCCCCAUGGCGUGGCACCCGAAACCUUCUCAGAGUUCUCUGCACCGUCGCUAGUUUCAUCUUUCGAUAUGGAAGACAUGAAUGACGCCUUGCCUCGGGACCUAGAAGAUUCAGAAAUGACAGACUCUGGAACAGAAGCAAUAUCCCGGAUGAUACAAUUGAAAAAUGCAUCGUUGGCGGAAGAAAUGCUCGGGCAUCUUGCAUACAAAAGCGACGCUGUCCAGAAAGUGGCUGAUGAGCUAUUUCAACUGCAUACAAAUUUGAGUAAAAACCAAAAAGAAACCCUUCAUAUGAUCAAAGGCACCGAUAAGUAUACGUCAUUCACCGACAUAAAACUCAAGGCAACCUGUCGUCUUCUCAUCAACGCUAGAGAAGGCCAGAACAAUAGUGUCGCAACGACCAGCUAUUUGGCUGCUACAAUAAUGAAUAAGCAAGCAUACAAAGAGGAUACCUCAACUUUCAUCAUUGGCUGGUUCUGCGCUCAUAAUGCCGGAUUACGUAUUCAAAGGGACGGCUCUGAUCCGGUCGAAUGCCUUUCCAGAGGAAUGAUGGCCAGCCUUUUGUGUCAGCUUGUACACUGGAUGGUGUACAGGGAGAUUGACUGCGAUCUGUCGUUCAUUAGCGGUCCCGAUUGGGACGACAUUAAACAAUUCGAACUGGUGGUUCUGAGCAAAGCAUUUACCAGACUGGUUGCACAGUUGCCUGAAGGAAGUCAGAUAAUUUGCUUCAUCGACGAAAUCCGUCAUUACGAGAAGAAGGAUACAGAUGAUGCGUACAGGGCAAUCAAAGAACUGGUGGCACUUACCAAUCGUGUCGGACCAUUGAAGGGACCUCGAUAUUUCAAACUCCUUCUGACUUGUAAUGACAAGGCUCUCGGGAUAAAGAACAUUUUUGAAGGCAAAAGCCAAAGUAUGGAGUUUCCACAGGAAGCAUAA